CAAACAAGUCGCAUGUGUAGAAUGCCACUUGUCAUUCCUAUCUGUAAUAAAAAAAGACUUUAUUGUUAUAUUUUCCGUUCAAACACCAAAUCGUAUCAUUGAACAAAUGUGUUGAAUUGUGUGUACGAUAGUUGUCGAUAGAUUCAACAAUUAAAAUUGUAAUUGUUAUCAAGUAAAAGUGACCGAAAACCAAUUCAAAUGUACCAUUACAUUUGAUUAAUUAUUGCAGUGUGUAAAAUUACGAAUUUUCUAAACAUAUGUACAAAUAAAUGGUAAAACAUCUCCAACUUAGGAGCGGUUUCCGCAGUUAUUUCUGCUGAAAGUGUUUUUUCCUUUAAUUUUUGUUUUGUGUGAAAAAUAAAAAUAAAUGUCCAAAAAACGGAACUUUCAAAAUUUUUUCAAACGAAAACGAAUUCGAUGAAAAACAUGAACUAAACAAAGGAUACCAAAAAAAAGUAGUUUUAUGUGUGUUUGUUUGUGUGUGAAAAACUAGAGUACAUUGAUCAACGAUCAUUCAUCACACCGAAAACCAGCUGCUUUAUUCAAAAUCUGCAGGCUUUGUUUACAUAUCGUCAUUAAUGAAAACUCGAUUUAUUUAUGAAUAAUAUUAUUUCAUGGAAUUUUCUUUCACACACUUGAAUUGCAUGAAAAAAAGAAUCAAAUAAGCCUGAAGUCUAUCAAAUAUACAUGCAUAAAGUGGAUAUUAAUUGACAAAUGAAAAUAGAUUUUUGAUACAUGUAUACAUCACAUGUGUACCCUCAUCAAUAACGCACAAAUAUCGUACAUACGCACUGCACUGGUGUGCAUACGCAUUGAUUACGACAGCAUUGCCAGGAAAUAAUAGAAAUACAAAAAUCCAUUAAAAAAACACAGACCAACAAGGGGGAAAAGGACUGUGACAAGAUCUGAGUAUUUGAAUGAAUUUCAAACGCAAGACGAUGAGUACCAGUUACUUGGACGUUCCAAUCGGAAUUCGCCUAAUCCAACGUUAUGGUCGCAAUGAGAAUCAACAAAAUCGACUUUUUAGAUAUAAAUUCUCAGUUUUGGCACUCACAUACGUGGCAUACACAUGUUAUCACUUGACACGAAAGCCAAUCUCGGUUGUAAAAGCCGUUUUACAUCGCAAUUGUUCAUUGCUGGAAGCUCCCAAACAGGUGACAGAUGCCACAAAUGAAAGUACUUGGUGCGAUUAUGCACCGUUCGAUGGACCCGAUUCGUCGGCGUUGUUGGGAACAUUAGACACUGCAUUUCUGUUGACAUAUGGAAUUGCAAUGUUUGGAUCGGGUUUUGUUGCCGAACGUGUAUCGUUACGAUAUUUUCUCACAUUUGGAAUGCUAUUUUCGGCCAUAUUUACGUAUAUGUUUGGCGUCGCCAAAGUUUAUGAUAUUCAUUCAUUUUGGUAUUUUGUUGCUGUGCAAGCGUUGGCCGGAAUGUGCCAAACGACCGGUUGGCCCGGUGUCGUAACUGUGGUCGGAAGAUGGUUUGGCAAAUCAAAACGUGGUCUCAUAUUCGGCAUUUGGAAUAGUCAUACAUCGAUUGGCAAUAUAUUGGGUUCCAUUGUGGCUGGAUAUUAUGUCGAACGAGAUUGGUCGAUGUCAUUUAUAAUGCCAGCAUUUGUAAUGGGCAUCGUUGGAAUCAUUUUAUUCCUAUUCUUGGUUGAUUCGCCCGAAAUUGUUGGAUGCCAAGUAACACGCGGUGAAUCUCGACGUGGCAGUAGUACAUACAACUAUCGUAGCAUAGAAGAUGGCAUCAAUGAAUCAGAUGAAGAUGUAAAUAUUCGCGCAAAUUUACGCAGUGAAAAUGAGCUAAACAACGUUGUCGAACAGGACGAUAACUCAAUUCGAAAUAUCCCUGGUGAUGAAAAUUUUGAAAUAAAUCAUCGGCCAACUGAACGAACUCCAAUGAUUGGUCAACGUCGAGGCUCUGAUGUUUCAUUCAGUGGAACUGGCAAUCAUGCAGCCAUUGGAUUUGGUGGUGCUCUUCAAAUUCCGGGCGUUAUUGAAUUUUCAUUGUGCUUAUUCUUUUCGAAAUUAGUGAGCUACACGUUUCUCUAUUGGCUUCCAAAUUACAUCGAACACUCAACCAGUCUCGGUGCACAGGAAAGUGCAACAUUAUCAACACUAUUUGAUUUUGGUGGUAUUUUGGGUGCAAUUGCAGCUGGUAUGAUAUCGGAUUACAGCGGAAUGUCAGCAUGCACGUGUACAGCGAUGCUUUCUUUGGCCGUUCCCAUGUUGCUUGUUUACCAAAAAUUCGGAGCAUUAACCUAUUAUUUGAAUAUGUUAUUAUUGUUUUUCCUCGGUAUACUUGUGAAUGGGCCAUAUGCAUUGAUUACAACGUCAGUUAGUGCUGAGCUUGGUCAACAUAGUUGCUUGGAAGGAAAUUCAAAAGCAUUGGCCACAGUUACUGCAAUCAUCGAUGGAACUGGUUCGCUUGGAGCGGCUGUUGGCCCAUUUUUAGCUGGUUUCUUUUCGGCAACCAGUUGGGAACAUGUAUUUUAUAUGCUUAUUAUGGCCGAUAUUUUAGCAAUGAUUCUUUUAUUGCGAUUGGUAGGCAAAGAAAUUUCCAAAUUUAAAUUAAAUCCGCGCAUCGAUUGACAUCGUUAAUCAAUUUAUAGAUAGAUUUUUUAACAAAAAAAUGAAAACAAAUAAAUCACUGCACUUUUGACGUGUUCUCACAUUUCGCAUAUUCAUUGCCAUUCAGAUAUAGUGUUUGUGAACACGUGAAAACUUAAACAUUUCUUAUAUAUAAAUAUGGAAUCAAUUGUGAUGAUUAUAGACGACCAAACGAGAAGAACAAAAGAAUUGACAUUGACUUAGUAUAAAAAUGGUACCGAAAAUGUGUCUUCAAUUGUUAACCAAAACAUUUAAACGCAUCAUCAAAAAACAAACAUACAAGGGAAAUGUACGAACCCGUUUUUUAUGUUUACAAAACGUGUUCAACUUCGUUUUUCUUGUUCAAACACAUCCGUGAUGUAGUUUAUUGAAAAAUAAAAUCUCAUAUCUAAUGUUGAAAUUAAAAUAGAAAACGCCACAUUAUUAUUAUUAUUAUGCAAAUUAUUAUAAUUC